AUGGGAUUCUGUUUCUCAAAAUUUAGAGAAAUCCCAAUAUCAUCAUCUUCCUCAGACUCUCCUAUUCGUCCUCGGCAUAGUUCCAUUCGACGCCACCAUGCACCACCACCGCCACCACGACCUGCACGACCUCCUCCGCCGCCAAAACCAGCUCCCCCUCCAAAACUUUUGCCAGGAAUCACCACCACUCCUGCACCAUCUUCAUCCUCCAAAAUUGGCCUAGUUUUAGGCAAGCCUUACGUUGAUAUUAAGACAUUCUAUGAUCUUCACAAAGAGCUUGGAAGAGGGCAAUUUGGAAUCACCUAUCUUUGCACCGAUAAGGUAACUGGAUAUAAAUAUGCAUGCAAAUCCAUUUCCCUAAGAAAACUAGUGACUAAAAAAGAUAUAGAAGACGUGAGAAGGGAGAUUAUGAUUCUGGAGCAUUUGACUGGACAGCCCAAUAUUGUUGAGUUCAAGGGUGCCUACGAGGACCAAUCAAAUGUGCAUUUGGUUAUGGAAUUUUGCGGAGGAGGUGAACUUUUCGAUAGGAUUACUGCCAGAAGCGCGAAUUAUUCUGAAAAAGAGGCUGCAAAAAUUGGAAGGCAGAUUGUGAAUGUGGUUCAUGUUUGCCAUUUCAUGGGUGUGAUUCAUAGAGACCUCAAACCUGAGAAUUUCUUGCUCGUUAGUAAUGAGGAAGAUUCUCCAUUAAAGGCAAUUGAUUUCGGGCUUUCGGUCUUCAUUGAGCAAGUUCUACAGAAGAUUUUCACCUCACUUCACAAAGAAAAAAUGAGACAUGAUGUUCACUUUGAAAAACAAACAAAUUUUCAGAAUGCAUAUGAAUGUCAAUAG